AUGGAGAGAGCUAUGACAUGCGCUGGGCUGUUGGUAUUAGGUAGUGUCACGCUAGUUAACGCGGGAACGUUUAGGCAUGCCGCAUCAGAAGAUAGUGACGGCACUACACAUGCAGAUAUAUUACGUAUGAAAACACAAAGUCGUCAAGCCAGCUCAUAUGCCGGAUUCUUAGAAGACACCUAUAUGUGGGAUAUGGCCACACUUGAAGCGAGGAAAAGGGUGUUUGAGGAUACGAAUGUCAAUUCAAAGGAUAAAGAUGAUAUAGAUAACGCGGUGAAGGAAGCGAAAAGACUUGGAGAAAAGUUUCUGGAGCGAUGCCCAUUUUCAAUUAUGUUGAAAGAAGAUGGGUUUGAUGGUCAGGACAAGAGUCUACAUCAGUACGUGAGCUAUAGCACAUACUGGUGGCCUUGUAACUUUAAUCCUUGUGGAAGUACACGCGCGGAGGCUCGGGAAUACAUAGCGACCAGUUACGAAGCUCAGCAAAUGGAUUUGGCUCUGGAAAAUCUAAGCGCAGCAGAAUUCGCCGAGAAGAUCAACAAAAAUUCAACGCUCAACAACGCAUACGUUCCCGAUAAGAAGGUAUUCUACAACUUACACCACGCAAUCAAGAAUGCCGCUAUCGCUUACUACUUCUCGGGCGAUGAGGAGCUCAGCGACAGCGCAGUGAAAGCCUUUCGCGAGUUCUUCAUCAAUGAAGACACGAAGAUGAAUCCAAAGUUGGGGCUAUCUCGUUCACAAGCCGUGCUUGGUUACGUGGAUUCGCGUAUUAUGGGUAUCAUGGACUUCCGGUUGAUUGUGGAGAUACUAGAUGCACUGGCCGUUUUGAACAUGAAGGGAGCGCUGACGGAGAGCGACAGAGAAGGGCUGUACACGUGGUUGCAAGACUACAAAACUUGGUUAGAGACAGAGGGUUACUGGGAGGGGGCAAUCAACAAGAUCAACAACCAUGCUCCAAUGGCUUUGAUGCAAAUGAUGGGUAUUGCCAUGCAUUUGGGGGAGAAAGACCAGGCUCGGUCGUACUACAAUGACCUGGCCAAGGACAUGAUCGACAGCCAAAUGGAAAGCGAUGGCGCAUUACCCGAUGAGUUAUCGCGCACGAGACCUACCCAUUACGUGGCAUAUUGUCUCGCUGCGUUUGCGCACAUGGCUCAUCUGGGUGCGGAGAGCGGCAGUAGUAUGGACAUAUGGGUGUAUUGUCCGAAUCGAGCUAAGCAUCAAGUGCGGGUACACGGCAUCUCGUGAGGUUGUCUAGGGUCCAAGGCCUGGAUGAGAAACGGUCUAUCGAACUUGGACUGGAGUGGGCGCUGCCGUACGCCACCACAGACCUUACCUUCCCGUAUGACGAAAUAACCGUAGUCACCGAAUGGACUGGAGACUACGGCCUUGAAGACGCAGCAUGGCUACUGGCCUACCACAAAUACAGUGACGAGUGGAAGGAUAGAGCACUGGAUAUCAAUCCGAAAUUCAAAGAGAGCUACAAAUGGCUUGUUUUCCCCGAUCGAUCGGCCGAGUGAGCUUGCACAAGAACUGUACUAGGCGUUAGACAUUAAUUUGAGAUGUACGAUGGUUUAGGAUAUAUAAUGUCUCAAUGUUCAGUUUAGAAUACGGGGCUAGAUCUUAUGUUUCAAAAACCAAUCUAGGAACAUUUUUUUAUUUAAGAAAAGCUUUGAGCAAGUGACGCUAAUUCGGGAUGCGUAGCAUUUCAAUUGUGAUUGAGAAUAUACACAAUCGGCAAGAGAAUCCAAUUCGGGAGGAACGAGUGAUCGAUUCGAGAUUCAUUGCAAAUCAGAUGCACUGCAUAGCAAUGUUGAGAAUACAAGAGACACUAAUUCGGGAGUUAAAAUACACCUCUGCACGGUAAAAGAGAUACAAUUUUGGGUCUAGCAAACAUUUCAAUCCGGACGCAAGAAGAAGGCUCACCCCGGUAUUCAGAAAGGAUUGAUAAACGUUUGGAAUUGAGCCUCCUUCCCGGAUGAUUACAACAUCUGCAGGCGGACCUUGAGGCCUCUGUUGUUAAUUGAAAAAGUACGACCAGAACUGUCUACACUGAACUGACGAUACACGCUGGUUGUAUGUUACAAACGUACUACUAAAACCGUCUACAUUAAAACUGAUAAUAAAAGCUGGUAGUAUGUUAAAAACGUACGACCAAAACCGUCUACAUUAAACUGAUAAUAACAGCUGGUUGUAUGUUAAAAAUGUACGACCAAAACCGUCUACAUUA